GAAACCUUCCUGCUUGCCUUUGUUCUCGUCUCGUCGCCAUCGUUGUCGAGCCUUAACUUGACUCACGCGCAUAUCAAAGACUUAUUCGACCACGAAUCGCUAUCCGCGUUCCCACACCUCACCUAUAACGACAACUCAGGCCACCACCGACUCGCACGCCCAGCGACACGCAUACACCAGCUUGUUCCCCUGACUUGUUACUUGGAUCGGAAACCUGGUUUCAACACCUGUCCCUUGGUCUGCGAUGGACGAUAACAGCACAGACACGCCUACGCCUGCACCGCCGGCUGCUGUCGUUGCUUCUAAAUCAACGCCUCUGAAUGUGCACGCCCCAGUGUCGAACUCCAGCGAGCAUCAACUCAAUCUUCUCACUCCCACGCAGUUCGCGAAGCUGCACACGACUCAUCUCCUCUCACAUCCGCCCGACACGCUCCUCUUUCCCUUCCUUCACGGCCUCGAAGGGUGUAACGAGGCCCAGAACGGAUUCUUCCGUGCUACAGCCGGCAAAGGGGCACCGCGGUAUAGGGGAUUAGUGUGGGUGUGCGUUGAUGAUGAUUCAGCGGAGGAGGAUAUGGUGGUGCGGGGAGGGAGCCAGAGUGAGUUGCGCGGAGGGCCGGAUGCAUGGGACGACGAAAUGGAUGAGGACGAUGAUGAUGAUGAUGAAUUCACAGACGAUGAAGACGAUGAAGUGCUCAUGGACGUCGACCGCACUAUGCACGGCGCGUCGGCCGGCGGCAUACUUAUCGCUCCAGGACUGGUGUCAAGCGAGUCCGAGUCCGAGUCCGACCCUAACGCUGGAAAACAUAUGCACCCAGUCCAUUCACGCGCUGCAGUACAUCUCGACGCUACUCUCCAGCGCGACCUACAGGCUGCGCUGGAUUCGGAAAUGGAAAUGGCACCACAUGAGAGCUCAAUCUCAGGCGCGAGCUUCUUCGGGUCUAGUCCUACCUCGACUUCGGCUUCUGAUAUACUGACACCGCCGUCAUCCGAGUCCUCUUCAUCAGCAUCCUCGUCCUACGAGGCGGCUGAGGAGCUGCCGGCAGCACCGUCGGAAACGCCUGCCCAGCCGCAAGAUCAAGCCACAGCUCCAACGCCGGCGCCAGCGCCCGCAUCUGUCACAAAUGAAGGACCUCCGUUGCUGACAUGCAGCUUUCGGCCUAGCGAGCUCCUUCGACGUGUUCCGGGACUCCAGGAUGCCCGAGAUGAUAACAGAAGUUGGGAAUUCCAACCAGCGCGUGUUCCGGACGGGAUCUCACUUCGGAAUUUCGGCAUUCAGGUGCCUAUAUAUGCCACACUGUCUGAUAUCGUCUUGUACUCGGCAUCCGGACUAGCUUCUCCAAGGAUCCGGACCGUAGCGCAGCGAUUUACUGCUGCCAUCGAUCGCAAACGGCGGGAAAGAGCUGGGCGUUGUGCUGAUGGGGAGUCUCCUCUGGAAUACAUUGUCUACGUUCUCGACGCUGAUAUAGCUGCAUUGAGGGCUGCGGUUCCGGAGCUGAUGAUGCGCGUCUUCCCCACCGGCGUCCCGCUCCAUCCUCAGCACCAGCCUCAUCAUGAUCCGGUCACGUACCGCCACCCGAACCAUAUCCCAGUCGCCAUUCCUCUCGCACACACCGGCGGAUCGAAAGCUGACUGGACGCCGAAUACAGUCGACUUCGGGCAGCGAGAGAGGGAUGAGAUGCGGGAAUUGACCAGAGCGAGCGAAGUUCUGAGCAUGGCUCCCGAAGCAACGCCUGAAGAUGGGGAUGGUGGUUGGAGAGCAGAAGUCGGGCAGAUCUUCCUCGGAAAUUCGGGCGACGUGCCGAUUCCUGCACCCCAGUCUUUUGAGCCGACUGAUCCCUUCGACUGCACGAAUAACGAUCCACAGCUUGGGAUGGGCUGGGACAUCUGCGUUGAAUGUCACGAGAUGGGCGCCUGGCCGUCCCUGGCGCAUAUUCGUGCCGCGGAGGAUCACAUAGGACUGUUAGAUGGGCUGUGGGCAGAGCGCUGUCUUGCUCAAGAAGCGAGUACUCUAUCAGUCCGCCCGCCGCCCAACGCCAAUGCCGUCAUCCACUUGUCGUUCCCCAGCGCUCCAACGAAUUCAGCUGGCACCGUCAGUGCGAUGCUCCCAUUCGUGGCGUUCUUGGAGCGCUGCAUCCGACCAAUAGUUGAAGGCAAGGAUAAAGAUGAGGGAACUGGAAAGGGACGGCGAUGGAGUGCUUUCCCCGGGUCUCCGUUCCCGAAUGCUGGCACGCGAUCACGCUCGAUGACAUCGCCAGAGCCGUCGCUGCCAUCUUCGUCUUCGCCGCUGUCUAUGUCACCCCAGAAGACGCGACCGCUCAAAAUCCUCGUCUAUUCGGCGGACGGAUACACCGAAUCCUCGCCAUUGGCGCUGACGCUGUUGAUGUCGGCGCGCAGGAUUUCGCUGCCGGAAGCGUAUCUGGAACUACAGGUCGAAAAAGGCCGUAGUUUCUUUGUUUACCCAGCCGAACUCGGAGUUUUGAGACGAAUUGAAGGCCGGCUAGGACUGAGUGGGUCAACGAUUAGCAUGGGUGGACGGCGAGGGAGUGUUAGUGUUGGGGGACUGAUGCACGCGGGUGAUGACAAGGUCUCACCGGCAUCGGUCACGACGGGGCGUCCUCGAGCGAAGACGAGUCCGUGGCUGCCGCUGUCAUUCGGAGGGGACCAUCAGAGCUGGUUCAACGACCCAAGAUUCGAUGGAAGUUUCCCGAGUCGGGUGCUGCCGUUCUUGUAUCUGGGGAACCUCAACCACGCGUCGAACGCAUACAUGUUACACGCGCUGGGCAUCACCCAUGUAGUAUCCGUGGGCGAGUGUGCAUUAGUGCCUCCUCCCCAGUCCACCAAUCACUCCCCCUCAUCCCACAACCAUCACCAUCACUCGUCGCUUUGGCACGAAGAACGAGAAGGGCGGAUCAAUGUGCUGGACAUUACAGGCAUCUGCGACGAUGGAAUUGAUACACUCGAGCCCCAGCUGGGUCCCAUCACAGCCUACAUCGAGCGUGCGAGACUGGAAGGGGGCAAGGUGCUAGUUCACUGUCGGGUCGGUGUCAGCCGUAGUGCGACGGUCGUGAUCGCAUAUGUCAUGAAGCACCUCGGGCUACCGCUGGCCGAUGCUUACCUUGUUGUCCGCAGCCGGCGUCUCAGUGUUCUGAUUCAGCCUAACAUGCGGCUUUUGUUCAACUUGGUGGGAUGGGAGGUCGGCCUGGCGAAAGAACGAGCGAUGGCUGGUGGUGACGAGGAGGAAUAUCAUGCCCGGCUCAGGAAAGAGCUGGCGCGCAGUGUGACGUGGCCGGUUUUGGCGAGGGAAGUACACGCCUUGAAUGACAAGUACCUUCGCUAGCCAUCGGUUUUUGCUUUUGUUGCUCUGUAAUCUGUGUACAUGCUUUUCGUGUAAAAUGUGACAGUCUGUAUUAUGAUCCUCCUGCUUCCAGCUGCCAUGCCACGGAAUCCACCUUAGCUGCGACGUCGAUAAUCCAGAUUAGCCGAACAGAGGGUGAGAUGGAAGUAAUGUUGACCGCAUGAAAGGCGCUACGUCAACUUGCAAUCGGUGCAGUAUACUUAAUACAACAGAUGAUCACGGGAAGUAAAGAUGUAAACGAUAUCUCGGAUGUUGUCUCUGUUCGUAUCGUCCAGUCGACCAACGAGCCAAUAUCUCUAAGAGCGAUAGAGCGCCUUUUUGCGUCUGCUGAGUUUCGCGGCUCGUCUGGUCGUCUGCACUCGCUACAACUCCUCUGCUUGAAUGAUGGAACUAUCCAGAAACUGCGAGCUUCGGUCAUGGUCUAUGCUGGGUCGACGCGGAGCAAGUCUUAUGCGUGACCGGAUGAGAUACGACUCAUGCAUACGUAACAGUAGUCAGACUAGACCUUCAGAGCAUGUUAGGCGGGAUAGCGGGUGAGGUCACAGACGGUUCUGCGCGACAACAUGCGAGUAUUUCACCACGCUGUGAUGAAAUCAGGCGUCGUCAUUUUGCAGACUGACUAUGUAGACGGUAAUCAGCCGAUCGGUGCAAAUCUUGCAAGUAGCCGCGCUCUGCUGGACGAAAUGACAGCGGAUAGGAACGAAUGUACGUCGCGUCGUGUUCGUCGUCCAUUCCAUCAUCUCUCCCAAGCCAAAAGCAACGCAUCGAUCUUGGUCCCGCGAAUAUAGGAACCCCGAUCAUCCCGACAGUAGAUGAGUUGAGCACAGCGCACUACUGAGGCUAAUGAGGAGAUACCAUAGGAUCUAUACCCAACCAGGACGUGCGCCGGUAGAGAAUCCGGGCUAUCACCACCGCGCGCUAUUCGGGCUGCUUUGGUUCUCUGGUUCAAUCUGUGUUUGGUUGGUGUCCGACGAUGACGGGGACUGCUUUCCAAAGCGCGCCGUCUUGGCUGAUGCGCUCCCAGCGAGUCCAAGAAUAUUCAGAGAGAGAAUUCGAGGAAAGAAUGAACCAGGGAGGGCGUAUGAGUUGCGGAGAGAUCGUUCCUGCCUGCUGUACGCAAGGCUGACGAGAAGGGCACCCGUGUGCGAAAAGCAG